AUGAUUAAGUUCCAGGAAAGGGUGACAUUCAAGGAUGUGGCUGCAGUCUUCACCAAGGAAGAGCUGGCACUAUUAGAUAAAGCCCAGAUAAACCUGUACCAAGAUGUGAUGCUGGAAAACUUCAGGAACCUCAUCUCAGUGAUUCUCUUUCUUCUCAUAAGAGAUGGGAUUAAAAACAACAUUUUGAAUCUUCAGGCAAAGGGGUUAAGUUACCUUUCACAAGAAGUGCUUCAUUGCUGGCAGAUUUGGAAACAAAGGAUCCGGGAUUUAACUGGGAGUCAGGAUUACAUCAUGAACCUUCAAGAAGAGCGUUCCCCACAUUUAGAUGUUUCCCUCUGUGAAGAGUGGGCAGGCAUGUCUCUUCAGAUUUCUGAAAAUGAAAACUAUGUAGUAAAUGCCAUUAUCAAAAAUCAGGAUAUCACAGCAUAGCAAGGCCUGACACAGGUUCUUACCCCAGAAUUGUGGAGGAAAGCCAACAUAAUGACCGAGCCCCAGAACUCUCAGGGAAGAUAUAAGGGAAUUUACAUGGAAGAGAAAUUGUACAGAUGUGCUUGGCAUGACAGCCUCGACUGGACCUCACGUGAUCAUCAUGAGUCCCAAGAAUGUAAAGGACAUCCCAACUGCAGGAAAAACUUUAGUAUGAAAUCGACAGUUGAACAACAUAAUGUGGCCCAUGUAUUACCACAGCCUUUCACAUGUAAUAACUGUGGGGUAGCCUUUGCAGAUGAUAAAGAUCCUCGUGUCCAUCACAGCACUCACCUAGGAGAAAAAUCUUAUAAAUGUGACCCAUAUAGAAAGAAAUUUAGUCAGAGCCAAGAUCUUAUCGUUCAUUGUAAAACCCACUCUGGCGAGACUCCCUAUGAAUUCCACGAAUGGCCUAUGGGCUGCAAACAGAGCUCAGACCUUCCCAGAUAUCAGAAAGUCCCCUCAGGAGACAAACCCUACAAAUGUAAAGAAUGUGGCAAGGGCUUCAGGUGCAACUCCUUCCUUCACAACCAUCACGGAGUCCACACAGGGGAGAUGCCCUACAAAUGCAAUGCAUGUGGGAAAGGGUUUGGAUUUAGGUCACUUCUUUGUAUUCAUCAGGGAGUACACGCAGGGAAAAAGCCCUAUAAAAGUGAAUAGUGUGGGAAGGGCUUUGAUCGGAGCUCGAAAUUUCUUGUCCAUCAGAGAGUCCACGCUGGAGAGAAGCACUACAAAUGCAGUGAGUGUGGCAAGUGCUUUAGUUCAAGCUCCGUUCUUCAAGUCCACUGGAGGUUUCACAUGGGGAAACCUUAUAGGUGUGGUGAGUGUAGAAAGGGCUUCAGCCAAAGUACACACCUUCACAUUCACCAGAGAGUCCACACAGGGGAGAAACCAUACAAAUGCAAUGUGUGUGGAAAGGAUUUUGCGUAUAGCUGUGUUCUUCACACUCACAGAGUUCACACUCGAGAAAAACCAUAUAAAUGCGAAGUGUGUGGAAAGUGCUUUAGUUACAGUUCAUAUUUUCACUUACAUCAAAGAGAUCACACCAGACAGAGACCAUAUAAAUGUGAUGAGUGUGGUAAAGGCUUCAGUCGGAAUUCAGAUCUUCAUGUUCAUCUCAGAGUCCACACAGGACAGAGGCCCUGUAAGUGUAAGGCAUGUGGUAAGGGCUUCAGUCGUAAUUCGUACCUCCUUGCCCAUCAGAGAGUGCAUGUAGAUGAGACACAGUACACACAUUGUGAGCGUGGCAAGGACCUUCUGACUCAUCAAAGACUACAUGAGCAGAGAGAAACAUUAUAA